GUGGACAACCUGGCAAAACAUAUUUUUUCACUCAUAAUUUUCUAUUUUAUACCUAUUUUCUACUGAAAAUAAGUUCAGAUAUUUUUCACACACAAUGGCAGGGCAGAUGAAGUCCAUAUGUGUGGAUCCAUGGCAGCUGAUAGCCUCAAAAGUCACCCGUGCAGUGGUAUUCAUAGAUAAUGCAAGUGCUGAAUGCUUACAUUGGUCAGGUGGUGUGACCAGAUUCUUCGAACAGGGUGCACUUGACAUCAAGGAACUCUCAUCUUUUGAAUCGGGCGAUCCAGCCCAUAAAAAAGCUGUCUUCAUCACAAGCUCACUUCUGUUUGACACAACAGCCAGCAUCAUUGAAGACGUCAUAGGAGCCAGCGAUUUCCAAUAUGUUAUUGUCAUCACCAACCAGAGCUCGCACCAACAUCUCUACGCCAGAACGGGGUCCGUGGAUGGUGAUGAUAAAGAGGUGUUCUUUCAGUUUGAGGAAAAGGUCCUUGAGUGGAUGGGUAAUAUGAAUUUCACCAGCGAAGUACAUCAUGUACCAUUCAGUGCAGCAUGUGUCACACCAGACCUGUUUGUGCUGCCAUCUUUCGGUCACGUGUUCCCAUUCUUGCCAGGCGAUAACAAGAGAAUUGAAUUUCAACUCAAUAAGGGAAAGAUUGCAAGUGGUGAAAGAAAGAAAUUGGAAAGCUUGGCAGAUGUCGAAUUCAAUCAGUUACCGGAGGCUGUACGAGUGCAAUACAUGGGAAUCGUGAGCGCCUUGAAUGACCUAAUGAACCAGUUGAAAGUUUGCGACGACUGCUAUGCUGUCGGACACACUAGUCGAAUGCUGGCGACUGAGUUGGCGAACUAUGCACCGGCCAGGGGGAGAAGGAAGGCCGCUACUGAUAAGGCAUCGAUCUUAUUCGUGGAUAGAACUUUAGACUUGGCAGGACCGUGUAGUCAUCUCGGCGAAAAUGUUGUCGAUAAAAUACGUCAUUUGCUGCCCGAACUUCCACACCAUAAAAACGACGUGUGCGUGAAUAUGGUUAAUCUGUGCUCAGUAAUUAGUGAUGACAGUCAGCAUGAUGUCAUAGUACCGGGUUGCCUGGCUCAAGUCGAAGCCAGCAAGUCUGCUGAUCUCCUCAAUCAGCUGGUCCAUUGCAAGCAAAAGGAAGCUCUGAUGGAAGUCAACAAACGGCUCGUUGAAGCCGCCAUGAAGGAGAACCUCCCGCUGAAGAUGUCCGGCAAACCAGGGCGGAUCACUGCUGAUCAGCUCGAGUCCCAUGUAAAGCUUUUCAAGGGAAACAGUACUGCCAUCCAGAAACAUAGCGGUUUGCUGCAGAUUUCGAAUUCCAUCAUCCAAAUGCUUCGUCACAGCCAGUUCGCCCGUCACGAUGCCAUGAUGAGUAUCGAGAAGCUGCUUCUGCAGAACAUUUGGGAUGAGGACUGCCCGAGUGCAGCAAGUCAGAUCAGCUUAUUACUAGAUAGGGAGUUGAAGAAGCCCAAACAUGAAAGAGAGGUGAGCAUUGAGGAGGUGCUUCACCUGUUGGUGUUCUCGUAUGGACUGGUGGAGGACGCGACUUACUCCACGAAGGAGGAGGACGAAUUGAAGGAACUCCUGACCAACGCCGUCACUGCUGAGGAGGUGCUGCCAGAUACACUUGAGACAAUUUUUGCCGACCCAGGAAAUCGAGACAAUGUCAUGGCAACUUGGGGCACCAUCUUCUCAAGACUGCGGGCUCUUAGUCAAGUCAGGAAAGACCUCAAGAAAUUCAGGCAAAUUUACGACGCCGGAGGCGUGACGUCCCCGGCGUGUUACCGGCCCUUGUUACAACAGAUAGUGGAGGAGAUCUUUAACUCGAGCAAACCGGAGUUGGUGGAUGUGGAGUACAAGUCGGGAAAACUGAAGGACUUACUCAAAACAGGCUUCGGUUACUUUAUGAGCGUCAGCAAGCCGCGGCCAAACGACCACCCGCUUCUCAUCGUCUUCAUCGUUGGCGGAGUGACAAGUAACGAGGUCAAGCAGAUACAAGAGACACUCGCGAAAUAUCAGUCAAACACCAAGAUCGUGGUCGGGAGCACUUGUUUAGUCAAACCCAAGGACUUAGUAGAUACGAUAUUCACAAGGGAUCCACUUGAACCCGGACUAGUGUGAAAACUGAAAAAUUAAUGGCUUUGUUGGUUGUUACUAUGUGAUAUUUAAAAGGUGAAGGGCAACAUCAUCAUCAUCAUCAUCAUCAUCAUCAUCAUCAUCAUCAUCAUCAUCAUCAUCAUCAUCAUCAUCAUAUAAGGUCGAAGGCCAUGUACAUGUAGGCAAUGUAAUGUUUGCCAAAUCCCUUAUUUUGAAUUUAACCAGAUUACAUUUGUACAGACAUGAUGUAGUAUGGAGUUGUCAUUGUACAGAUUUGCUUGUCCUCCAAAUUCUGAAGCAAUCAGGCCAACUUAAAAAAGUUCUGUCAUCGAUUAUGUCUGAUUCCGAUAAAUGACAAUGAAGGAUAUAGCGUGUUGUGCGAUGAAAACUGUGUCUGGAUACACCCUGUUUCAGUGAAUUGUUUACUGCAGUUCAAAGAGUUUUCAGAGUAAUCGUGUUUGCAGAAGUCGCGGUUCUUCUGGAAGCCAUUUUUGUACAAUUAAUGGCACAGUACCUCCAAACCCUCUUCAUCUUUGAAUGUGUUGGAAGGCAAUAUUUGACAUAGCUUGCGAAUUCCAGGCAGGCCUAAGGAUACAUCCUGUUUCAGUGAAUUGUUUACUGCAGUUCAAAGAGUUUUCAGAGUAAUCGGGUUUGGAGAAGUUGCGAAGUUGAGAAGUCAGUCUUCUGGAGGCCGUUUUUGUGCUAUUAAAUCAGUAUCUCCAAACCCUCUUCAUCUUUGAAUGCAUUGACCAUUCGUGGGACCAGGGUUAACGGGUUGUAUCUAGCAUUUUGGUGGUUCUGAGAAAAACACCUUUGAAGAUUCAAGACUCAAUGGAAAGGCAGUUGUUUUGAGGAGUGUUUUUGUGUAGGUACACAUCAACGGGUACAGCUACAAGUACGAUUUAAACUUGUAAUUAAAGGUAAUUAAAUGUGCAUUAAUUUAAGAUAAUAAUAUCAAUUUUGACAAAAAUGCAGAUAUACAACAAGUUAACCCUGAGCCCACGAAUUGUCCCAAGGUCAAAUGUACACAUAUCGAAAUUAUUACUGUCGUAUUAGGAAGAAAGUAUUGAGCUUUUUAGCAACUUUAGACCGGAUGUCGAAUAAGGCCAGUUUUCUUUGAGAAUACCCUGUGACUAUUAAGUUAUUGUCAAAUAAAUACGUGUAACUGUUUAAAUAUCAA